AUGGACGAACAGAUACGAAAAGAAGAACCUACUUUUAGGAAAGGAUCGAAGAGAAAGAGAACGCAACACGAGUGCGAUGUUUGCGAGAAGGUGUUUCGAUAUCCAUCCAAGUUGGUCAGUCACAUGCGUACUCACACGAACGAGAGACCGUACGAAUGUGAUGUGUGCGAGAAGCGUUUUACUACAUCUGGUAAUUUGACAAACCACAUGCGUACUCACACGAACGAGAGACCGUACGAAUGUGAUGUGUGCGAGAAGCGUUUUACUACAUCUGGUAAUUUGACAAACCACAUGCGUUUUCACACGAACGAGAAACCGUUCGAAUGUGAUGUUUGUGAUGAAGCUUUUCGUCAACUUGGUCAUUUGCAAAGCCACAUGCGUAUUCACACGAACGAGAAACCGUAUGAAUGUGAUUUUUGCGAGAGACAUUUUAGUCAACUUGGUACUUUGCAAAACCACGUGCGUAUUCACACGAACGAGAAACCGUAUGAGUGUGAGGUUUGCGAGAGGUGUUUUCGUGAAUCUAGUACUUUGAAAGUCCACAUGCGUAUUCACACGAACGAGAAACCGUAUGAAUGUGAAGCUUGCGAGAUGAAGUUUCGUCAAUCUAGUAACUUUAGAAGGCACAUGCGUACUCAACAUUAG